ACUCGACCGUGAUUAUUGCAGCUUUGAAGGUGACAGCGGGAAGGUCAGUGCAGUAUCACCAAAGGGGACCCGAGAAAAAAAAAUUCAUUUUACAGCGAUGAAGUGGGCGAUUCACGUGGCGAUGUUGGCGGCGCUGUGCGGGUUCUCGUGCGCUGCUUCGCUCAAACUUCCAUCGUAUCUGAAGAAAUGUUCCAGGUCGGAUCCGAAACUAAACGAAUGUGCUCUGAAGAACGGAAGGGAAGCGAUACCCACCCUCAUCAAAGGUGACAGCUACCUGCGCAUACCCGUGCUCAACCCUCUACAGUUGGAGCAGGUGAAGGUCAGCGAAGGCACGGGAGGCGUCAAGUUCACUCUCACCCUCAACAAGGCUUCCGUGUACGGCGUGAAGCAAGCGGAGGUGACGCAAAUCAAUAUUGAUCUCAACAAAAAAUUUGUGAGCGUGAAGCUGGAAAUCAAAGAGAAUUAUCUGCAGUUAAUCUCAAAGUAUGUUGUCGACGGGAAGAUCUUACUUAUCCCCAUCAGGGGAGAAGGUGACUUUAAUCUAACUUUGAAUAAUGCACGAGGUGAGUUCAAGACCAAUUUCGAUCUCGUCAAGCACGAAGACGGAUUGGAGUACAUUAAACUGAAGGACAGCGAGCUGCAAUUCGAGAUAGACCAGGCGUACUUCGACUUGCAGAACUUGUUCAACGGGGACAAGGCUUUGGGUGACAACAUGAACAUGUUCCUGAACGAGAACUGGCAGGAGGUGUACAAGGAGGUCAAGGACGCCGUGAUCGAGGUCCUCAAGACGCUGAUACUGGAAAUCAUCUCCAAGGUGACCGACAAGGUCGCCUACGACGUCAUCUUCGACCCUUCUCCGUACCUGAAGGGCUGUUCAAAGAAAUCCCUGAAUCUUAAUGCCUGUGCAUUGAAAAGUACGAGGGAUGCAUUACCAACGCUGUCAAAAGGCGACCCGUCGCUGCACAUCCCUCCGCUAAACCCGCUGCAUCUGGACAGGGUCGUGGUGGACCAGGGCUCCGGACCUGUCCGCUUCUCCCUGACCCUCACGGACCUGCGCGUGCACGGACUCGACAGCGCCGACCUGCAGGCCGUCGACUUCGACUUGGAAAAGAAAAAUUUGGAAACGAGGUUUCUCGUCAGAGGUCAAGCCAUGUACCUGAAGUCCAAGUACCAAAUAGAUGGCCAAGUUCUUAUUCUGCCAAUCAAAGGCGACGGUGACUUGACUAUUAAACUAGAUACCUUUAAUGGAACAUUUAAGAGUGCCUUCGAUCUGGCGAAACUGAGCGACGGUUUGGAGCACAUGUCCUUCAGGGACAGCACCUUCGACUUCGCCAUCAAGAGGUCGCACUUCGAGUUCAAGAAUCUCUUCAACGGCGACAAGGCUUUAGGCGACAACAUGAACGUGUUCCUGAACGAGAACUGGCAGGAGGUGCACAAGGAGAUCAGCCCCGUGGUAAGUGAGGUGGUGAGGAAGACGUUGGUGAACAUCCUCCAGGACAUCUCAUCCGUUCUUCCGUACGACGUCAUGUUCCCGGCGUAG